CCGGCCCGGCCUGGCCCCCUUCCUGCCGCCGCCCCCUGGCCCCUUUCUGCCGCUGGAGGCGAAGGGAGUAUCCGCUCCCCUCUGUUACGCUGUCACGCUGAGGCUGGGGGCGAGAGCCCGCGUCCUACAGAUUACACAUCAUAGAGCCCAUGAGGAGGAAUGAUGAUGUCUCCAUGAGGAAACCUCCUUCUCACUCAUACAGUCAUGUGUAUCAUGUUGCUGGCUGUGCCAUUCAUCUGAGGUGGGAUUUACCCUGUGAAACAGGGAGAAGAAUAAUGGACCUUAAACAUCGUUUCAAGUUGUAAUUCACUUUUCAAAAUACAGACUCAGAAAACAGGGCUUCCUAGCUUUGGAUACCGUGCUCUGUUAAAGCUGCUGCAUUGCUCUCUUAGAGGUGUUACUGUACACUGACUAUCAUCAUGGCUUCAGUUUGGAAGAGACUGCAGCGUGUUGGAAAACAUGCCUCAAAGUUCCAGUUUGUGGCCUCCUACCAGGAACUUAUGGUUGAGUGCACUAAGAAGUGGCAGCCAGAUAAACUGGUAGUUGUUUGGACAAGAAGAAGCCGAAGGAAAUCUUCUAAGGCUCAUAGUUGGCAACCUGGAAUAAAAAAUCCUUACCGUGGUGUGGUUGUGUGGCCUGUUCCUGAAAACAUUGAAAUCACUGUGACUCUAUUUAAGGAUCCACAUGCUGAGGAGUUUGAAGAUAAAGAAUGGACAUUUGUCAUAGAAAAUGAAUCUCCAUCAGGACGUAGAAAAGCACUUGCUACUAGCAGCAUCAAUAUGAAACAGUAUGCAAGUCCUAUGCCUACACAGACAGAUGUCAAGUUAAAAUUCAAGCCAUUGUCUAAAAAAGUUGUAUCUGCUACUCUCCAGUUCUCUUUAUCUUGCAUUUUUCUCCGUGAAGGAAAAGCCACGGAUGAAGACAUGCAAAGUUUGGCCAGUUUGAUGAGUAUGAAGCAGGCUGACAUUGGCAAUUUAGAUGACUUUGAAGAGGACAAUGAAGAUGAUGAAGAAAACAGAGUGAACCAAGAGGAAAAGGCUGCAAAAAUUACAGAAAUUGUAAACCAGUUGAAUGCUCUGAGCAGCUUAGAUGAAGAUCAAGAUGACUGCAUAAAGCAAGCAAAUAUGCCUUCAGCUAAAUCAGCCAAUUCUUCUGAAGAACUUAUCAACAAGCUUAACUUUUUGGAUGAAGGAGAGCAAGAGUUUACCACUUUGAGUUCAAAUCCAUUUGGUGAUCCUGAUGUAGCUGAAUUAAACCCAUUUGGAGAUCCUGAUUCAGAAGAACCAGCUACUGAAACAAUUUCAUCCAAAAAAUUAGAAGAAUCUUUUUAUAAUGAUAGCUACAAUCCUUUUAAAGAAGUACAGGCUCCACAGUACUUGAAUCCGUUUGAUGAGCCAGACCCUGAACCUGAAACAUUUGUAACUAUAAGAGAUUCUCCUCCCCAGCCUACAAAAAGGAAAAAUGUAAGGCCUGUGGAUAUGAGCAAAUACCUUUAUGCUGAUAUUUCCAAAACUGAAGAAGAAGAGUUGGAUGAAUCAAAUCCUUUUUAUGAACCCAAACUAACUCCUACUCCAGAUAAUUGGGUGAGUCCAGCUCCAGAACCAGAAACGGAAAAGAAAAUGAAAAGAAAAGCCCCUGAGCCACCAGGACGCUUCCCAAAAACAGAAGGAAGGAUCACUGAGAAUACUGGUGUUUCUGUAGGAGCAGAUCUCUCAUCUUCUCCUAAGCCAAGCCCUAUACCAAGUCCUGUUUUGGGGAGGAAGCCAAAUGCUAGUCAGUCACUGCUUGUGUGGUGCAAAGAAGUUACAAAAAACUAUAGGGGAGUGAAAAUCACGAAUUUUACUACAUCUUGGAGAAAUGGCUUAUCUUUUUGUGCAAUAUUACACCACUUUAGACCAGAUCUGAUUGACUACAAGUCUUUGAAUCCUCAAGAUAUUAAAGAGAACAACAAAAAGGCAUACGAUGGAUUUGCAAGCAUAGGAAUUUCACGGUUAUUGGAACCUUCUGAUAUGGUUUUGUUAGCAAUUCCUGACAAACUGACUGUUAUGACUUAUCUUUAUCAAAUAAGGGCCCAUUUCAGUGGUCAAGAAUUAAAUGUAGUUCAAAUAGAGGAGAAUAGCAGUAAAAGCACAUAUAAAGUGGGAAACUAUGAAACUGAUACAAACAGUUCUAUUGAUCAGGAAAAGUUCUAUGCAGAACUUAAUGAUUUGAACCGGGACCCUGAAUUCCAGCAACCUGGCAGCGGAGCAGUAGAUUUCGUAUCUCAGGAUGAUUCUGUAUUUGUAAAUGAUAGUGGUGUUGGAGAGUCAGAGAGUGAGCAUCAGACCCCUGAUGAUCAUCUAAGUCCAAGCACAGCUUCCCCUUAUUGUCGAAGGACUAAAAGUGACACAGAGCCACAAAAAUACCAACAAAGCUCGGGAAGGACUUCAGGAUAUGAGGAGGCUGGAAUAUAUUCCCAUACAGAUUCUACACAAGCACAGAUUUUGUUGAGCAAGAAGAAAUUGCUAAAAGUUGACACUUUAGAAUUGAGUGACUUAACAUAUAUCAGUGAUAAAAAAAAAGAUGCAUCUCCACCCUUUGCUUGUGAGGAACUUGACAGGCAAAGGCAUCAUUCUCUAGAAGUUACUGAUGGUAAUUUGGAAGAAGAAAAAUUGGUAUCUUCUGGCUCCUCAGAGAGCAAGAGACUGGAACCUGAGUCUCCUGUAAAAAAAUCAAGUUUAUCUCCCACUUCUAAACUAGGAUACUCUUACAAUAGGGAUGUAGACCUUGCAAAGAAAAAACGUGCUAUUCUGAGAUACACAGAGUCCGAUUCUGAUACAGAUAAAACAGUUUUAAAUCAUUCGGACCAUUCUGCAAAAACCACUCAGCAGCGAAUAUUAUCAAGACAGGAAGAACUUAAGGAAAGAGCAAGAGUUCUGCUGGAACAAGCAAGAAGAGAUGCAGCUUUAAAGGCUGGGACUAAGCAGAUCACCAGUGCCUCCACCCCAGCGCGCAGUAAGCAGCUGAGCGAUCAGCAAGAUGAAGAGCGACGUCGGCAGCUGAGAGAGCGAGCUCGUCAGCUAAUAGCAGAAGCUCGAUCUGGAGUGAAGAUGUCAGAACUUCCCAGCUAUAGUGAAAUAGCUGCAGAAAAGUUGAAAGAAAGGUCAAAGGCAUCUGGAGGUCUUGCAAAGUCUCCUGUCUUAGUUGCUUCUGAACUUUCCUUUAUAUAUGAGGAUGAUAAUAUUGAGAUAGAUACUAACGAGGACACUGCUGAAGGCUUUGUUUUGGGAGGUGGUGAUGAACUUACUAACUUAGAAAAUGACCUUGAUUCUCCUGCAGAACAAAACAGUAAAUUGGUGGUGGAUUUGAAAAUGAAGAAGCUCCUAGAAGCUCAGCCACAGGUGGCAAAUUCCCUCUGCAGUGCUGCUCAGAAAGUUGUGACUGACGACUCAGAGCAAGAUGUGAAGAAUGGGACAGAAGAUCACCGAGCUGAGCAAUUACAAAAAGCAACAGAACGUUUUAGAAACCCUGUUGUGUUCAACAAGGAUUCUACAGUCAGAAAAACUCAACUUCAAUCAUUCAGUCAGUAUGUGGAGAACAGACCAGAGAUGAAAAGGCAGAGAUCAAUACAGGAAGAUACAAAGAGAGGAAAUGAGGAGAAGACGGCGAUAACUGAAACUCAGAGGAAGCCAUCAGAAGAUGAAGUGCUUAAUAAAGGGUUCAAAGACACCAGUCAGUAUGUUGUAGGAGAGUUGGCAGCACUAGAGAAUGAGCAAAAGCAAAUUGACACCCGUGCCGCGCUGGUGGAGAAGCGCCUCCGCUAUCUCAUGGACACAGGAAGGAACACAGAAGAAGAAGAAGCUAUGAUGCAAGAAUGGUUUAUGUUAGUUAAUAAGAAAAAUGCAUUAAUACGAAGAAUGAACCAACUCUCUCUCCUGGAAAAAGAACAUGACCUAGAAAGACGCUACGAGCUGUUGAACCGGGAGUUGAGGGCGAUGCUUGCAAUUGAAGACUGGCAAAAGACUGAAGCCCAGAAAAGGCGAGAACAACUCUUACUGGAUGAGCUCGUCAUCCUGGUGAACAAACGAGAUGCGCUGGUCAGGGACCUGGACGCUCAAGAGAAGCAGGCAGAGGAAGAAGAUGAACAUUUGGAGCGAACCUUGGAGCAAAACAAAGGCAAGAUGGCCAAGAAAGAAGAAAAAUGUGUUCUUCAGUAACUGGGCUCUGAGACACUGAGAACCCUUCCCGACUGUCAUGUCAGUAGAGCCCAGACGAGAAUAUGGAGACUCAUUCUUGAUUUAAAACUUUAGCAUUUUGUUUGGCCCAACUCUACUUCAUCCCACUCCCCCUUUCCCCUCCUUCCUUGGAGAAAAUCCCAGUACUUCAAAAUAGCCUUGUAUCAGGAUUUACUUGUAAGCUUGUCAUUCUUUUGAAAUUAUGUGAAAUAGAUUUGCACAGAAACCUUGUGGGUGAUGAUUGGUAUUGGAGAUGUUUAAGAAGCUGUUCAAGGAAGAAGAAUCUGCCUCUUUAAUCUUUUGUUGGGAAGAAAAAUUGAAAACAAAUCUGUUUGUUGUUGUUGUUGUUGUUGUUAGCAUUGAGGGGGGAGGGGUAAAAUGGGGAUAGGAAAAAUAUGAAUGAUUUCAUCUAGUCAUGCCAUACAUAAUACUUAAUAUGCUACCUAAAUUUUAUAGUUAGAUCAUAUAUAAUGAAAUUAUUAAGCUAUGCUAUAUUUACCCAUGUUUUCCCCCUCCAGUUGUUUUCCACUUUACUGUAAGCAUAAUAGAAUUGAUUCCCUCUGAUUUGUUCAGAGAAAGGUCUUUUAACAUAGCUUGAGAAAAGAACCCCGUAAUUUGAAGAUGUGCUAUAAGGAUGGGGCUAAAUGAUACAUAAGUUUACGGAAAGUUUUUUCAUUUAAUGAUGCACCAUGUUUCUGAAUAAUUAUUUAUUACAUAUAGCCUGGUCCCGUUUCAUUGGGUCUCAACAUUGGCUCAAAAAUGCUGUUAAUAUUUAUUCUGUAUCUAUAGGAAGUCUGCCUUGCCACUGUGUGCAAUUCCCCCAGUUAAUGUUUUUCUUCUCUAGUAUAGCUCUAUCAUUUUUGUGAAAUGGUUAUGUUUAUUUAUUACAAUACUGAAUCAUAUAUAAAUUUUCAAUAAAAGAAUCUUUCUUACCUUAA